AUGGUUGCUCCUACGCUCAAGCUCGAUCCUCAGGCAAGGGUCGCGCCCCUCGCACCCAUUGCUCUCGCCAAGCUCGUCGCUGCUGCUGAUCCCGCUCAGGCGCCUACCCUCGUCUUUGAGGACGGUGUUGCACCCACACUUGAGCUCCCCAACGCCGCUCCCGUUGAAGGCUACCUUCAUAUCAUCCGCGAGCUCGCCUCGCACUACGCCAGCCUCGGUCUCUCCGGUGCCGACAAGGACCAGAGCGCACAGGUCAACCUCUACGUCAGCCAGGGUGACAACCUCCUCCUCGCCGACUUCCAGACCGCCACCGCCACCGCCGACAGUCUCGACCAGCACCUUGCUCUUCGCACCUUUCUCGUCGGUCAUGCUAUCACUGCUGCCGAUGUGGCCAUCUGGGCUGCUGUGCGUGCCAACUCGCCCGUCAUCGGUCUGGUGAGGAAGGGUCUCCACAAGCACCUCCAGCGCUGGUUCAACCACAUCGACUCGCUCCCUCCCGUUUCUGACGCCGUCGUCCAGCUCGCCGACGCCAAAGCCGAAAAGUUCAAGAACAAGAAGACCGCCGCCGGCUUCGACCUCUUCCUCAAAGACGCUCAGCAGGGUCAGGUCGUCACCCGUUUCCCACCCGAGCCUUCCGGAUACCUCCACGUCGGCCAUGCCAAAGCUGCCAUCCUCAACCAAUAUUUCGCUCGCCAGUACAACGGCAAGCUCAUCAUCCGUUUCGACGACACCAAUCCGAGCAAGGAGAAGGAGGAAUUUGAGCAGUCGAUCAUCGAGGACCUCGCGUUGCUCGGCAUCAAAGGCGACGUUACCAGCCAUACCUCGGACUACUUUGACAAGCUCUACCAGCUUGCGAUCCAGAUGAUCCAGCUCGGCAAGGCGUACGCGGACGACACGGUGCAGGAACAGAUGCGUGCCGAGCGCAUGGACGGCAUCCCAUCGAAGCGACGUGAAGCCUCGAUCGAGGAGAACAUGACGCGGUUCGCCGAGAUGUCCACCGGCUCGGCCGAGGGGCGCAAGUGGUGUUUGCGCGCAAAGAUCUCGUACGAGGACCCGAACAAGGCGAUGCGCGAUCCGGUCAUCUACCGCUGCAACCCGGAUGUGACGCAUCAUCGCACGGGAAACACAUGGAAGGUGUACCCCACCUACGACUUUGCCUGCCCCAUCGUCGACUCCAUCGAGGGGGUGACGCAUGCGCUGCGUACCAACGAAUACCGCGAUCGCAACCCGCAGUACUACUGGAUGCUCGACGCGCUCCAACUGCGCAAGGUCGACAUUUGGGAUUUCGGUCGAUUGAACUUCGUGUAUACGCUGCUGAGCAAGCGCAAGCUGCAGUGGUUUGUCGAUAAUGGAGUGGUGGGUGGAUGGGACGAUCCGAGGUUCCCGACGGUAAGGGGGAUCAGGAGGAGGGGAAUGACGAUCGAAACGAUCCAGGAGUUCAUCUUGGCCCAAGGCCCUUCGCAGCAGAUCAUCAACAUGGAGUGGGAUAACAUUUGGACGAUCAACAAGCGCAUCAUUGAUCCUGUUGUUCCGCGAUACACUGCCUUGGACAAGGAGGGCCUUGUCAAGGUGACUGUCAAGGGUGCUUCUCCGCGUCAUACGAAGGAGGUUGCGCGACACAAGAAGAAUGCGGAGCUGGGAACGAAGGUGACAGUCUUCGACGAUGUGGUUUAUGUGGAGCAGGCGGACGCGCGUUCGUUCGCCGCUGGCGAAGAAGUGACGUUCAUGGACUGGGGCAACGUGAUCAUCGAUUCGAAGGAGCAGGAUGCCGCAGGCAACGUCUCCGCCAUCUCGGCCACCGCCCACCUCGACGGCGAUUUCAAGAAGACCAAGAAGAAAGUCACCUGGCUCGCCGCCUCAUCCUCCAACGACCUGGUAGAGAUCGACCUGCUCGACUUCGAUUACCUCAUCACCAAGAAGAAGCUCGAGGAGGACGACAACUUUGCCGACUUUGUCACGCCCAAUUCCGAGUUCAGGGCUGUUGCGCUCGCCGACAACAACGUUGUCAGCCUCAAACAGGGUGCUGCGAUCCAGUUUGAGCGCAAGGGGUACUACAUUUUGGAUGCGGUCAAGGGUAAAGAGGGGAGGAUGGAGUUCAUCAAGAUUCCGGAUGGGAAACAGGCUAGUUCGGCGAGCAAGGUUGCUCCCGAUGAGGCGGUCGAGGCAAAGAAGGCGGCAGCACAGAAGGCUCGCGCCGAGAAGGCGGCGGCUAAGGCGAAGAAGGAGGCUGAGAAGCAGGAACGCAAGGCAAAGAAGGCGAUGGAGCACGGCGAUGGUGUUGGGUUUGUCGCGGGCAAAGUCGGGGCAGGUGUCGCAGCCGCUACCGCCGGUCUGGCCGGCGCAAUCGCCGCGCGCAAGGAGGACCAGGCCCAAGCGUCGAACCCCGAGACGUCCAAGGCAAGCUCCCACUUUCCCGAAAUCAUCGACACCGGCAAAGGAAAGAUCAACAUGUACGACGCUCCGGUCAUCACCACCAACAUCCCCACGCCCGUCGAGACAAAGAUGUACUCCAUGAACAAGAUUCUUUAG